CAAUCGAAUAUAUCAACAUUUCAAUUUAUUAAACCAGGAACAGGAAGGGAGGCAAGAGAAAGACCACGCCCAAAAACGCGACCUUUUUUUUUUUCCGAUCGCUUCUUCCUUCAUCCAUCUCCUGUGAAUCGAAGGUGAAACACCAGUAGAAGGGGAUUGACAGAGCAAAGUAGAUCAAAGGGGCACCUAUCUACUGUAAAGCUUCGUUUUUUGGGGGUCUUGGUUGUCCAUGGAGACCGGAUCUCCGCUUCCUGAUCCAUUCGAUGAAUUCUUCACCCAAAUCCAGGGCCGCGACUCCGACACUUACGAUUACGGCGACGACGAGCCGGUCUCUCCCGCCGCGUCUAACUACUCCUCCUGUGAAGAUGAAGGCUCCGAGCUCGACCGCUACUGCAGCGCCAAUUCGGCCCUCGGCAGCGCCAGUCUCUGUAGCUCUGUCGGAAACUAUGGCGAUCUUCUCGAUUUCGUGGAGGUCGAUCGGUCGUUGGAUAAAGGAGGCACUGCGUCGCCGAGAGAAAGGGGAUCGUCCCAGUUAAAUCAUCCAUUACCCUUGGCUGAUCGAAUGGAAUCGUUUUCUAGAAACAGAAACCCGUCUCGGUUCCAUACCCAGAAUGUGGAAGUUGAGGGCCAUCAAGAAGCAGUGUCGAGGAGCGAGAAAGUGGUGGACUUUUUAGCUCAGGACGCUAUCUCCCUGAGGUACGGUGAUGGAUGUUCUGAUCAAAGUUCUUUGCUUUGUAUGACAGCCAGCACCGAAGAGGUGGGUUUGCUGGGAAAUCUGGGAUCUUCCUCUCAUGUUGAAGACAAGAUCAUGGCAUAUGCAGAUGAGGGGUUCUCUUUUAGAUAUGCAAACUCCGAUGAUGAGGAAUCAAUGCUUGAAUAUGGUACAGAUUUUGACAACACAACUGGUCGGCCUGAAAAGAGGAUCACACAGUGCGUUGGCGAGAUGCAAUAUCACCACACAAGCCCACUCCUUAUGAAUCCAUCUGUGGCUUUUGGUUCCAAUGAUUUGGAUGAGUUUCUGCAUGAAAAUGGUGGACUCGGCGAAGAUUGUUUCUUGAUUAACCGAGAUAAAAUGGUUGGUCAGCAACCCGUGCUUCCAAAAAGUGAGAAAAAUGUUCCAUCACUGGCCAUCAAACAUGUGAUCGAAUCAAUUGAUAUCAUGGAGGAGACUGGUCAAGGUGUAUCGGAUGUCAACCUUAAUUUUCGAGACUCUGAUCAACUUAACAAGAAUGGGAGAAUUUGUCCCAUCAACAACCCUCUAAAUGAAUAUAAAGCUUCACAGAAAGGAAAACCUGUACAACUAGAAUAUGUUGUAGAAGAUCAAGUCAAUUCUUGUUACAAAGGUGUGAGAGAUAUCUGUUCCAUGAAUGAUGGAAGCAUUGCAGAUAUCGAUGUUGGUGAUCCUGCAAAAGAGCAUAUAUCUCCUAAGUCAGCUCCUUCUAACCAUAUUACCGCCAUGGAUAUUUGUUCAUUUACAGCUGACCCAUCUCAAAGCAAACAGUGUGUAGCUCAAGAACAUGAUAAUGCAAAGUUUUCCAAACCAAUUCCUCUUAAUGACCAGAAUUCAAUUUUCCAGAUAGAGUUAAAUAGCACUUCCAAAAUUGUGGAUAAGAAAGAAGAGGAUAUCAUAACAAAUGAGGUUGCUAGUGAUGUAUAUGAUGAAAUGGUUCUGGAAAUGGAGGAAAUUUUACUAGAUACUGGGAAAUCCAGUGGAACUAGGUCUAUGGCCAGUGAUGUGUAUGCUUGCUAUCAAUCCCAUCAUAUAAGGGAUGGUAGUUCCACAGCAUCUACCUCUGGAACAGAUGACGUUUAUCCAUCUUCACAACGCACACUUAAUUGGGUUGCAGUCAUUGGAGCAAAACAGAGAAAAGGUGAUGUUUCUUUUGGUGAAAGAUUGGUCGGAGUCAAGGAGUAUACUGUGUAUAUUUUAAAAGUAUGGAGUGCUAAUGAUCAAUGGGAGGUUGAAAGACGCUACCGUGACUUCUUUGCACUUUACCAGCAGUUAAGGGUGCUUUUUUCUGACCAUGGUUUAAGUCUUCCUACUCAAUGGACAUUUGUUGAGAGAGAAUCACUGAAAAUAUUUGGAAAUGCUUCACCAAUUGUUGUCAGCAAGAGAAGUGAUCUUAUUCAAGACUGUUUGCGCUCCAUUCUUAGUUCUGCAUACCCUUUUGGAUUUCCCAACCCUUUGUUCUACUUUUUAUCCCCAGGCAAGCUAACUCACAAGACUAGCUCGCUAAAAUCUAUAGUUCCACGGUCCCUGCAAAAACUUGGGGAGGAUUGGAAUUCCAAGUCUUCAACUUAUGAUGAUUCUCCAGAGGAUAUUACUGAAUUAGGGAAGACAAUACGCCUUGUGGUAGACUUAAAGCCUCAAAAGUCUAUGCAACAGCUGUUGGAAUUACAACAUUAUACUUGUGCAGGAUGCCACAAACAUUUGGAUUAUGGAAGAACAUUGUUGAGGGAACUUGUUCAGACACUAGGAUGGAACAAACCAAGAUUUUGUGAAUACACUGGCCAGUUAUUUUGUGCUUCAUGCCAUGCAAAUGAUACUUCAGUUUUGCCUGCAAAAGUCUUGCAUCGCUGGGAUUUUUCUCUUUACCCAGUUUCUCAGUUAGCAAAAGCCUAUUUGGAAUCCAUUUAUGACAAGCCCAUGCUGUGUGUGAGUGCGAUGAACCCCUUUCUAUUUUCCAAGGUGCCAGCUUUACUUCAUGUUAUGGGUAUCAGGAAGAAAAUAGCUGCAAUGUUUCCUUAUAUCCGCUGCCCUUUCCGAAUCUCCAUCCACAGAGGCCUUGGUUCUCGUAGACAUCUUCUUGAAAGCAAUGACUUUUUUGCACUUCGUGAUCUUGUUGAUCUAUCCAAAGGGGCAUUUGCAGCACUUCCCAUCAUGCUAGAGACUUUAUCAAACAAAAUCCUCGAGCACAUUGCACAACAGUGCCUUGUGUGCUAUGACACCGGCGUUCCCUGUGCUGCACGGCAAGUCUGUGACGAUCCAUUGUCUCUCAUAUUUCCCUUUCAGGAAGCUGAAGCUACAAAGUGUAAAUCAUGUGGGUCUAUCUUCCACAAACCUUGCUUCAUCAAGAUUGUUAUCUGCCCUUGCAGUAAACCGAGCGAUACAAGCAGGAACCUGAGCAUCCAAGGUCAUGGAAAUACCGAAAAGCUAUCCGAUGGCUCAGUUGAACCUUCAUAUUCUAGUUCAGCUUCGAAUCUGCUACCUAAUAUUAUACUGAAAGCAGCAUCUGACAAGAUAUGGAAGCCUAGAAACAAAAGCCCUGUGAUUCUCAUGGACUCGCUACCAAACACUUCUUUGUAACUUCAGAAACAUUACUGCCUCUCGCUUGAAGUAGAUGAUCUAAAGAGUGGAAUCAAUACCACAAGGCUUUGAAAGAUUGUAAAAUGGCCUUUCUGUAGCUUUUCAAAGGUGGUGUGCAUUCAAGUGCAUCAGCUUUGAAGGUUCUACUUUUCAUUUCUUUGCUGGUCUUGUCGUACAGUUUGGAUAGCCGAGAUGCGAUGUUUCAAGUGUUGUUAGGCUUGAUUUUUUGGCUUAUUGAAGCAUGUAAAUGACUGCUAUAUUGAAGCCUUGUGUGAGAUCGAAAUAUCAAAAGAAAUUUGUUUAAUUUUCUAAAAGUAAUCUAAAAUAAUAUAAAUGCUGGAUGUUUAUAUAUAUA